AUGAAUCUAUACUAUUUAUUUUCAUAUUUUAUAUUUAUAACAUGUUGCUUGGGAGUACAAAUUAAUGAUGUUGAUGAUGAGAAUGAUAUCACUGUUAAUGCUUUAUCAAGAGAAGUAAGAGGCUGUAGGCUUGAAAAGAAAGUAUCUGAACAGGAUUUAAGAAAUGAUAUCACCGCUUUAAAAUCAUUAUUAACUGGCCCCGACAGAUCAGUUGGUUCAAUAGAUCACAACAAGACUGGAGAAUUUAUAUUAAAUCGCCUUGAUAAAUUAAAGGAUUUCUAUGAAAUUUCUACUGAACAAGUAAAUUCUUAUCCUUAUAGCUCAAAUACAAAUUUCUUAAAAUUUGGAGAGAAAGAGAUUACUUUAUAUCCUUAUAUUUAUACUCGACCAGUUAGAUUUAAAAAUGUCAAGGACGUUGAUGUUGUUAAAUUAAAUACUUAUGGUUGUCAGGAAAGAGAUUACCCAUUACUUUCUUCUAAUACUUUAGUUAUUGUCCAAGAUGGUGGAUGUCAUAUAGAGGUCAAGAAGUGUAUUAUGGAUCUGCUUGGAGUACGCCUAUUGUUGGUUAACAGUUCAACUCCACAAGAAAUAUCACUGAAGGUAGAAUAUCCCGAAGAGUGUCAAUAUUGUGGGCUGUCUGUUUUGCCUUUUAAAGUUUCCAAUUCAGAUGCUGAAUACCUUUCGAAUUUAAAGCAAAUAACUAGUAAUGUAACAAUUUUUUCAAAUAGUACUGUUGAUAUGAAAGCCAAGUCAUUAAAUAUUAUUGCUGAAUCUAAAUCUGGAAGAAAUGAUAGUAUCAUCUUAGUGGGUACCAAUUAUGAUUCGUAUCCCAAUACACCAGGAAUCAAUGAUAAUGCUGCUGCUGUAAUUGCUUUACUUAACAUAGCAAAUUACUUGACAGAAUUCGACUUACAAAAUAAAGUGAGAUUUGUGUUUUGGGGUUCAAAAUUAUUUAGAUAUAAUUUGGAUGGUGAACCAGAUGAUUCAGUAAAAAUGUACUUAAUUUAUAAUAAUAUUGGUUCAACAAAUUAUAUGAAUCAUAUAUAUUAUCCCCAUUUCACACAAAGUUAUACUAGAACAAGAUUUAUAAGAGAAAAACACAUUGCUGAUAGUCAUGCAGAAUUCUUUGAUAAGAAUGGAAUCCCUUGGAAACAAGCUAGUAAUCCAUCAUAUCUAUUUUUUGAUAAUAACACUCCUACUGGUGGACUUUAUGCAGGGACUGAUGAAAUUAAAACCAUCGAUGAAGUAGCAUUAAUUGGAGGACAACUAGGACCCUAUGAUCCAUGCAAUCUUAAAAGUUGUGACACUGAAGUGAAUUAUAAAUCUUUGUUCAAUAAUACGAGGGCAGCUGCUUACGCUAUAGGUAAUUACGCAAAGAACUUGACUUCAUUUACUUUGAUGAUUUAA